AGUAGGCGGUGCUUGUCAUAGUAGUUCGUCUGCUAUGGCGGAGUAUGUUCAUUUAAUCCGGAGGGCCUUUGGUCAAAUCACGGGUCACGGUGGGGUUAGGGGCCUUUUCCUGCAGUUUUUCAGGGCAAACGAUGUGAAGACAGGAACGCUGAUCGGCAUCGACAAAUACGGCAACAAGUACUAUGAGGACAAGUUGUAUUUCUUUGGCCGUCACCGAUGGGUCAUCUACACCACAGAGAUGAAUGGCAAGAGGACACUGUGGGACGUUGACGGCAGCAUGGUGCCUGCAGAAUGGCACCGCUGGCUGCACUGUAUGACUGAUGAUCCUCCCACUACACAUCCUCCAGAACCCAAGAAGUUUCUGGCAGAAAUCCACCAGAUCAACGUGAGCGGAACCUCUGCGUCUUAUGUCCCGUAUUCCACCACUUCUAAGAAAAUCCAUGAGUGGGUACCGCCUAAAACUGGACAGCAGUGAAAUUGUGUAAAUUAUAGCUGGAAUUUGUGUGUAAAUGAUUAAAUCUAUAAAACCUCA